AUGACACGCAGGUGCUAUUUUACUCAGCCAUCCCGGACGAUCCGAUCUGCAGUAUCCGAUUUGACCAGGUUGCCCGUGGCCAUCUGCAACACCAUCCCCAUCCCCAAGAUGUCUCAUGAGCCUCCCUCUCAGCCAGUUUCAGAAACGAGUCUCAAAGAUGAGCGCGCCACCAACGAUGUCAACGGAUACAGGACUUUGGCUAACCUCCCUGGUGCCCAAAAGGGUGUCCUCCUGGGCAUCUUCUGCCUUUCCCAGUUUCUGGAUACCUAUGCAAACUCUGCUUUGUUUGCUGCUAUACCCCACCUUGCUGUCGACCUGAAUAUCACAAAUAGCGACUCGGUCUGGCUCAUUAGUGGUUACCAGUUGACCUUCGCGUCCCUACUGCUCAUAUGUGGCCGAGUCAGCGACUUGUACAACCCUAAGAUCGUCUUUCUCUUGGGUGCGACAGUCAUGGGAGGAUUCUCGCUCGGAGCGGGCUUCGUUCGCUCUCAGGUCACACUCAUCGUGCUACGGGCGAUGAUGGGAAUCGGGGCCGCAUUGACCGUUCCCUCAGCUCUGUACAUCAUCAUCCACAUGUUCCCGGACCCGGCCUCCCAGUCGAAAGCUGUAGCGGCCUUCUCCGCUAGCGCAGCUAUUGGAAAUGUCAUUGGCUUGCUUAUUGGUGCGAUGAUCGUCACGAUUUCCACCUGGCCUUGGGUGUUCUACUCAUUUGCUAUCAUUGCUGCUAUCAUCUUCGUCGGUGCCGCUGUCCUGGCACCAUCACCUCGCCGAGAGCACGUUUCUGCAAUCGAAAAGGCCAAAAGGUUCAAACGACUAGACCUAUUCGGGGUGCUUUUACUCACCGCGGGUCUGAUUUUGUUCAUCUUCGGUGUCACAACUGGUUCGGUGAACGGCUGGAAUACCGCCCGAUGUCUGGCACCGUUGAUCAUUUCUUUCUUCUUGAUCGCUGCAUUUUUCCUUUGGGAGGCUCGUUUACCGGAGGAUAUGGCUGCCAUUCCCCCAAACCUCUGGAAUUAUACAAACUUUGCGGUACUUGUGCUAUGCGGAGCUACCAUGCCCUUCAAUUGGUGGGGAUGCGUACAGCUCCUGUUUUCUUGGAUUUGGCAGAACGUCUACGGAUGGACUCCCAUCCAGGUUGCCCUUCGCCUCCUUCCCUUGGGAUUGCUUGGUUUCCCAGUUACAGCUAUCGCAAACGUGAUGCAGCAAAAACUGCCUCUCAAGUGGGUUAUCUUUACUGGUCAAGUUAUAGGGAUAGUUGGAACUGUUCUGCUUCCUUUCGCCGACUCACCUCACCACUAUUGGCCAUUCGCGUUCCCAGGAUUUGUUCUCGGUACUUCGGGAAUGACGAUCAUCUUCGCGACAGUAAAUAUUGCUGUGUUCGCGGUAACCCCGCCCGAGAAAGCUGGUGUUGUUGGAUCUAUGUUUAACUGCUUCCUGCAACUUGGUUGCGCUGCUGGGACAGCCAUCGUUACCUCCAUCCAAACGAGCGUGGACGACAGACAUGGAGGACCCACAGCUUGGGAAGGUAGAGCUGCGGGACUUUGGUUCCUCUUCGCACUUCUGGUUGUUGAUACGCUUUGCAUCCUCGUGUUCAUGAAGAACACGGUUGCCCCCACAAAGCAGGAGGCUGAGAAAGCUGUGUAG